UCCUCGUCUUCUCCUAUCAACAGAAAGGAAAACUUGUCUCCAAAUCAUUUCAAGUACUAUACCAACCACUUGAACAAGACACAAUUCAACCUUAUCUUGAUUAAUUGUUCAAUCAACUUAAUGAAGACUUUAUAUAAGGACUCUGUCGACGAGAAAGACUUGCGAUUCUUCAUUAUUGAAGUCUUGAGAAGAUCAAAGACUUCUAUCCAGUCUUUGCAAUUGGCAUGUUAUUACAUGUUUAAACUUGUAAAGGACGAGAAAGAUGUCGCAUCUGAUGUCCAUUUAAAAGAUUACAAAAAAUUAUUCUUGGGUUUGGUCAUUCUUUCUCUGAAAUUCAACCAGGAUUGCAAUUAUUCGUUCAAAACUUGGUUAAAGAUCUGUGGCAUCAAGGAAGACGAUCAAAAGAGUAAUUUGAAGACUCUUAGAGAAGUCGAAAUUAAGUGCUUAGGCUUGUUGAACUACGAGCUUUACCUCAACGGUUUGGCAUACGAAAACUGGUGCAACAUUCUCAUCAUAUAUGGCUAUGACUUUAUCAGUUACCAAAUUGUCAACAGCCGCAACCAUGACGAGAAUGAAAUUCACUGGGAAUCCAACGAUGCUUCCAUUUCCAACAAGUUGAAAAAAUGGAAGGGAUUCUUUGGUCAACUUUCCAUCAACAAUUUGAGUGUUGUUAAAAUCAAUUUCAACAACUAUUAUGCAAAUCAGAUGGAUAGGAAGAUCUUCAUUGAUGCCAAGAAGGCACCUGUGUCUCUCUUUUCUUCUGGAUCUAGAAAG